GCUGCGACGUUGCCGAGGCUUCAAGAUGGCGGAAGCCCUAACACCUCAGGAACAGCUGGCUGUGGAGGAGUUCCUGAUUGAGGUGCGCAGCAGGGAGCAGCCUCACAGUGCUGGGCUCGUCUCCCAACCCACAGCUGUCAAGUUUCUUAUGGCCCGGAAGUUUGAUGUCUACAGAGCCAUUGACCUCUUCCAAGCGUACAAGAACACAAGAAUCAAAGAAGGGAUCAUCAAUAUCAUCCCUGACGAGGAGCCGCUGCGCUCCGAGUUGCUGAGUGGGAAAUUCACAGUCUUGCCGGGGCGUGACACUAAUGGUGCUGCUCUGGCUCUCUUCACUGCACGUCUGCAUCGACCCGACGUCACCACUCAUAAGGCCGUGCUGCAGGCCAUCAUCUAUCAGCUGGACAAAGCUAUCGAGAGUGUGCAGACUCAGAGGGACGGGCUCAUAUUCAUCUACGAUAUGACCAACUCCAGCUAUGGGAAUUUUGACUACGAGCUCUGUGUCAAGAUUCUAAAUUUACUCAAGGGGGCUUUCCCAGCUCGUUUAAAAUGCGUAUUUAUUGUGUCAUCACCUCUGUGGUUUCGGGCACCCUUUGCUGUUCUUCGCCUCUUUGUGCGUGAGAAGCUAAGAGAGCGGGUUUGCACAGUGAAAGCUCAUGAGCUGCCCAAUCACAUCCCAGUGUCAUCACUCCCUGAACACCUGGGAGGAACGUCCCAGUACAGCCACGUGGCAUGGAUCCAGUCGUGUGUGAAUGUACACACAAACACAGUUCCUGGUGACACCCAAGUAGAGGACACUCAUGAUUGUGUUGGAAACCUUCUACGGUCCUACAGCUUAGAGUGCAGCAACAAAGAUUCCAAAAUCACCCAUGCUCAUAUCAACACACAUUUAGGCUCAGAAAUGGCCGCUGCUAACUGCUAUGAUGAUAGCAAUGCUAACCACCACAACCACUGCGUUACAGUGGAGGAACGGACUCGAGGAAGUGCGGCCCAGCAGAGCCCAUAUUCUGGGGUGCACAAGUCCCUGGGAAAUCACCAACAUUGGAACGGUUCUGCCGGCACCAACAUGAGUGUCAGCCCCAAUGCCAAUGUGAAUGGUCGAGGUCGUCUAGCUCCUCCCCAGUCAGACACGCCUCCUGAGACCCCAUAUGCUCACAGUGGUGGGCAAGACAAAGAUGGCAAAAGUAAGGAAGGAGAUGAUGAAGAGGAUGGCGUGCCGCCCUUGCCACAGAAGGCCUUGCCCCGGCCGCCCCACCAAGCUUACUCCCAGUCACCGCCCCUGUCCUCCUCCUGGGGUCCUGAGGACGAAGACUGCUGCAUGGAGCUGUCGGUUCACAUGCCAGAGCAGGGAGGACUGUCGGUGCACGACCUAGUGGAGCACGUCAAGAGAAAGAAGAAAAAGGGCAUCUAUCAGGAAUACGAGGAAAUACGUAAGGAGCCGCCUGCAGGAACCUUCGAUUACUCCAAAAAACUUUCCAACCAGAUAAAGAACCGGUACAGCGACGUUCUUUGUCUGGACCAGUCUCGUGUACGCCUCUGUCAGCUCUGUGAUGACGAGGACGAGACAUCAGAUUACAUCAAUGCCAGUUUCAUGGACGGGUACAAGAGGAGCAAUGCCUACAUCGCCACUCAGGGUCCUUUGCCAAAAACAUUUGCUGACUUUUGGCGCAUGGUUUGGGAACAGAUGGUACUAAUUAUAGUCAUGACCACCAGGGUGGUGGAGCGAGGUCGAGUCAAGUGUGGUCAGUACUGGCCUCUGGAAGAAGGCAGGACAGAACAACAUGGACACUUUUUGAUCAGAAACACACACAUUCAGGUGUUCCAGGACUUUAAACUCUCGUUUCUUGAGCUCUAUAACACUCAAUCUGGAGAGAAGCGGGAUGUAUGCCACUACCUCUAUGUCAGCUGGCCAGACUUUGGCGUGCCCAAAAGCGCUUCAGCCAUGCUAGACUUCCGUGAGCAUGUCCUCCAAAGACGUGACGCUGCGGUUAAGAGUCUGGGUUCCAGUUGGACGGGCCCUGCUGGGGGCCCCCCUGUGAUUGUACACUGCAGUGCGGGCAUUGGCAGGACAGGUACUUUCUGUACACUGGACAUUUGUCUGUCCCGGUUGGAAGACAUUGGCACAGUAGACGUCUUUCAGACUGUGCGGCGAAUGCGCACUCAGAGAGCUUUCAGCAUCCAGACGUGGGAUCAGUACUACUUCUGCUACACUGCCAUCAUCGAGUACGCUCAGCGCCACGGGAAAUUAAGCCCGGUGCAGUGGUCUGACUCAGACUUGGAGACAGACAGUGAGUAAGGCUACAGUGGGGACACAUUGUUGGAAAACAAAAUGUAUCGUGGAAAACAAAUCAGGAGCCGUUUGUAACAGCCAGGGGAUCUUUGAACAAGUUGAUUGGUUCCUGAGGAAUUUAUGCAAGUUCCUGUCGCGGUUUGUCCUUGUGUAAAAGGACGCGACACAUGGAGAAGUUAAGGGCUUCAUCAUAACAAAAGACAUGGAGAACAAGUUGUCAUGCCAUUUUUUGGCCCCAUUGAGUCGAGCAGUCUGCAGAGGCGUAGCCCGCCCAAAGCCCGUUCCGUUAUCAACAGCGUUGUAGCAUUUUACUCUUGACUUGCACAGGUAGAACAACAAACUCGAACCUCUCAUUUUCAACCCUCUGAGCCUUCGGUCUUUUUUACAUGGUAAACUAUUCAACCCAAAUUCAUGUUUGAUUGCGGCUCAAACGCAUGGGUUAAGGGGCAGGAUUUUAAUCAUUGAGUGUGUUGUCGGCGAUCACAAGGAUGAACAUGGCAGUAGAUCUGCGUGUGAGCCACUCAGUCUGUUUUUAUUUUGCCAUUUUAAGUGUGUUCCAUGUCUGUGCGUAUGUAGACUAACUCUUAAAAGCCAAAGUUGUUACUCUGAAUGCUUGGAUUUAUUGUUAGCUGUGAUAUACCAUAGACUAGUCCCUGUGUAUAUUCCUGUAACAUACAUUUAUAAGUUUGGUGCAUAUUAUUUUCUUGAACAGGAGUUAAGUUAAGACAGAGUUACGCAGCGUGAAUAGCUAUGAAAUUAAAGGUCCGGUAUUAUGCUAAGGUGGUGCUUCAGCAGGGAGCGUGUCAGACUAGGUGAGGUGAGGUCCUCAAGUUCUCCUCCUCAGAUGCUCAGAAGAGGACCGAUUUGAUCACCUGCAGCCUCUCAGCUCAACACUGCCAAGUAGUGCUGCUGAGUCAUGUGGCAGACUGAGAGGUGAAAGAGGCCCCCAUCUAAAUGUGCCUGUGGUAGGAGGUGGAUAAUUGGACCCAAAUGUAUGUACAAGCCAAAGCCACGCUUGUGUAUAUUAUGGGACCUUAGGCAAAUCGACUGGAUCCACUUCAAAUAUCCUGUUUACUGACUGGAUGAUCUGAAAGUUUGGCCUUAAGUCUCUUAAAUGCCUCAUUGCUCCCUCACUCACACACCUGGAACUGUCUCCUCUUCACCUUGAUUUCUCUAGCUCUGAAGGCUCUGCGGCUUCAGAUAAUUGUGCCUUCAACUUCUUACUUGUUGUUUGACUGUCCCACAAAAAUGGCCGCACAGAGGGUGAAAAGAUUCUGCCAAACACAGGUGACUCCAUUUGGCAAACGUUGGGAGAACUCUGGGACUUAUAAGACUAUAUAAGAGUUAUUAUUUAUCAUUUGACCCGAGGAGGCAAGUCUGCUCAAUAUCAGUAACUAAGAUUGCCUCUGGUCAGUUAUCAUUUAAAAAGCCUUUAUUUUGUAUACAUUAUCGUUAUCAUGCUAUUUACAUUUCUUUGUUACACUUUUACAACAGUGAAAAUUGGUGAAUGUUGGUACGAUGCAACGAAAGAAAACAAACUUUGCUUUUUAUAAGCUGAACAAAUCAGAUGGGAGUGAGAUAUAUUUUUGUUGUCCACAGUCGACUUUGAUGGAAUAUAUCACUUGCUAUGGUAUUUUUAAAACUGACUUGUAUAAAUUGUUUGUGUUCAUUUAUAUCGACCAUCUUGUUUACAAAGAGUUACAAUAAUAAUGUCUUAAAGUCUCACACCCAAUGCUAGGAACAAAGUCACUAUUAUCAUAUAUAUAUAUAUAUAUAUAUAUAUAUAUAUAUAUAUAUAUAUAUAUAUAUAUAUAUAUAUGUCCUUGAAUGUGUUUGGGAUCAUGUAACUGAGGCAGUUUUUGUUGUUCAUGAAUGUUGAUACUUUCGUCCUCAAUGCCAAAGUCACUGACUCACUAUUUUUGUGCAUCAUACCCUCCCAUUGAGCAUGGACCUACUGUACUGGUGCAGCCUUGUAUCUGUGGAUGGUGGACUGGUGAAUGUUUGGAUGUACAGUUACAACACAGGAGAAAGUUUGUGAACAAAAUUUGGUCCCAAUGACAGUUUGGAAUUUGUUGAAAGAAAAAAAAACAUAAACACAACAAGUGGUGUUUUGUCUCCUUGUUCGUCCUGGUCCAUAUGAAAAUGUUCUAUUCCUCUUGUCAGUAGUUUCUCUCCUUGCUCCUGAAUCAGUCACUAUCAUGACUUUGGGGACAAGAAGAAUGAUGGCACAAGUGAAUGGAAGGUGCUAUUACUCACUCUAGUUGGAUGUAUUGAUUCAUCAGAGCAGGCUC